UUCAGUGCGGCGGCGGCGGAGUCGGUAACGGCAGCUGUGGUAAAGGAGGAGGAGGAGCCGAGCGGGCGCUGGCACUGACACGGACACUGGCACCGAAGCCUGACCAUGGACGAGGAAUACGAUGUGAUCGUGUUGGGGACCGGCCUUACUGAAUGCAUCCUGUCAGGCAUCAUGUCUGUGAACGGAAAGAAGGUGCUGCACAUGGACCGCAACCCCUACUAUGGGGGAGAGAGCUCCUCCAUCACACCUCUGGAGGAGCUUUAUAAGCGUUUCCAGUUGCUGGAGGGGCCCCCUGAGGCCAUGGGCCGGGGUCGAGACUGGAAUGUUGACCUGAUCCCCAAAUUCCUCAUGGCCAAUGGGCAGCUGGUAAAGAUGCUACUGUACACAGAAGUGACUCGCUACUUGGACUUCAAGGUGGUUGAGGGCAGCUUUGUCUACAAGGGAGGCAAGAUCUACAAAGUGCCAUCCACUGAGACUGAGGCCUUGGCUUCUAAUCUGAUGGGCAUGUUUGAAAAACGACGCUUCCGCAAGUUCCUGGUAUUUGUGGCAAACUUUGAUGAGAAUGACCCCAAGACCUUUGAAGGUGUUGACCCCCAGACUACCAGCAUGCGUGAUGUCUACCGGAAGUUUGACCUGGGCCAGGAUGUCAUCGACUUCACUGGCCAUGCAUUGGCACUCUACCGCACUGAUGACUACUUGGAUCAGCCCUGUCUUGAGACUAUCAACCGCAUCAAGUUGUACAGCGAGUCAUUGGCCCGAUAUGGCAAGAGCCCAUAUUUAUACCCACUCUAUGGCCUGGGUGAGCUUCCCCAGGGCUUUGCCAGAUUGAGUGCCAUCUAUGGGGGAACAUACAUGCUGAACAAACCUGUGGAUGACAUCAUCAUGGAGAAUGGCAAGGUGGUAGGCGUGAAGUCUGAGGGAGAGAUGGCCCGCUGCAAGCAGCUGAUCUGUGACCCCAGCUAUAUCCCAGACCGUGUGCGGAAAGCUGGCCAGGUGAUCCGCAUCAUCUGUAUCCUCAGCCACCCCAUCAAGAACACCAAUGAUGCCAAUUCCUGCCAAAUCAUCAUCCCUCAGAACCAGGUUAACAGGAAGUCAGACAUCUACGUGUGCAUGAUCUCCUACGCACACAACGUGGCUGCCCAGGGCAAGUACAUUGCCAUUGCCAGCACCACAGUGGAGACUGCAGAGCCAGAAAAGGAGGUUGAGCCAGCAUUGGAGCUGUUGGAGCCCAUUGAUCAGAAGUUUGUGGCAAUCAGUGACUUGUAUGAGCCCAUUGAUGAUGGUUCGGAGAGCCAGGUGUUCUGCUCGUGCUCCUAUGAUGCCACUACACACUUUGAGACAACCUGCAAUGACAUCAAAGACAUCUACAAACGCAUGGCUGGCUCGGCCUUCGACUUUGAGAAUAUGAAGCGCAAACAGAAUGAUGUCUUUGGAGAAGCUGACCAGUGAUUGCCCCGCCCUCCCCUGCCCCAGCAUCCUCUGCUUCCCCCACCACAUGCCCAUCACCCACCUCAUUGAUUCACUGACCAAAUCUUUAACCUUAGCGAUGGUUUGGGAGAUGGGAGUUGGAUAGCAUCCUCUUUCUUGGCCCUUCCUUAUCCUAGGAAAAGAGGAUUCCUCUCCUUGCGUAUGUCUCCCUCCCCCUCCCCCAUUCUUCUGCUCUGUUUGGGAAGGACGUGGAGGAAACGCUGACUUCUGCCUGCACUGCUCUUACCCCCACUGUAGUGGCCUUUGGAGAUGCUCCCUGCCUCCCCCCCACCAACUCUUGCGUGUUGGGAGAGAAGGGGCCCUCCCAGCACAAAAUUGCAUUCCUUCCCCUAAUUUAUUCUAAUUUAUUAACUGGCCUGCCCUGUCUGAGCCCGAAGCCUUCUGGUGCAGCCUGGGGGCUGUUGGAAUGAGCUACCCUAUCCCCUUCCAGCCUUGGCCAAGCCUAGGAAAGGGGAGGUUUAGGUGUGGCCCCUUGGAGGUUGAUCUUUCUGUUUUUAUUCCUUGUCUUAGUGUUUGUGUUCUCUGGUACUUGCUAAAAAAAUGUGAGCAAAGCAGAAGGAGGUGGGAAAAUGGACCCAGACCCACGUGCCCUGCCCCAUGCCUUUCCUUUAUAGUGGUGGGAAACCCUUAUCUUGCAAAGUGACUGUGUCUCCUUCCCCAAACUCUAGUGUGUUUCACAGGAAACAAAACCUCUCAAUAAAACUGUUUGAAACCUGAA